AUGGAACAAGAGGUAGCUAAGAAUCCUCUAAAUCUUGCGAAAUGGGCGCUGGCAUCUGUAGACCAAAAGAUUAAAGCUUCUCCUUUUCAAGUAAACACCAGGUUUGCUUUAGAUCCCAGAAUUUCUCAUGAGCGCCAGCUUGAACUUCGUAGAGCUUUCAAAGAAAUUGACGCAGAUCAAAGUGGAGCUAUCUCAUUUGAAGAAAUUUUGAAUUUUUUAAGAGGAAUCAAUGAUGAAGUUGACGAAAAUUACGUGAAAACUAUUUUUGAAUCAAUGGAUGUAAACAAAGACGGAGGAGUUAGCAUUGAUGAAUUUAUUAAUGGGUAUCUUGAGCAAGUCAACGGCCUUUCAGAAGCCAUUGCAAGGUAUAACCAAACUAUUUUAGCGAAAAAUAAAGAAUUAGCUACAUUGAGAGAGCAGUUAGAAGAAGCGAAAAAAGUUGAAAGGAUGAAUACCUAUGGAAUCAUGGAAGGAAGUACCUUUACUGUGAGAGUUAUUGAAGCACAAAAUUUAAAUGUGGUCACUGGAAGGCCAACUGCUUAUGUCAAUCUUAUAUGUGAAAGACAACAAAUCGCAACGAAACCGAUACCAUCUGAUAAAAAUCCUAAUUGGGACGAAACUUUUAGCUUUAAAAUAACGAUGGGAACUGGCGAGCUCCUAGUCCAAGUUUUCAACAAAGGAACAGUCUCAAAAGAUGACUUAUUAGGAACUUGCUCUAUCCCUUUGCAAGAUUUUAGGGACCAAGCUAAGCAUGAAGGAUGGUACCAACUGACAGGAAGAGUCUCAAAUGCAAGAAUAAUGCUUGCAAUCCAAUGAAUCCACCGACAAACAGAGUAUCUAGAAGGAAUUAUUUCAGGAAUGGACAACGAUAUUGUACAAGAUGUCGCUGAAAAAGACAGAGUUGAAACUGAGCUAAGAAAGCUUGGUACAAAUCCCCUUGGGAUGUUUCAUAAAGAAAGCUGGGUCGAUCGCCUUGAAAGCAAAAUUGUCCAUGAAGUCCAUGCAUUUACAGACCAACAUUUUAAGGUAAAACAUAGUUAGGAAGUUGGAAAUUGGGAUACAAUUUUAACGGUAGGGAUACUGAUGGUGGCGCUUUUAGGAGUUUGUACGUCAUUUGAUAAGCCAGAUUUUGGAAAUGUGACUUGGGCCUGCUGGGCAUUUAUGGGGUUGGUGAAAGGAUGGGAUACUAAAAGGUAUCGAUUAGGGCUAAUAAUGCUUGCUAUUAUGAUUUUAUUUGAUGUUUUAUGAAUAGCAUGUGAUUCGGAGUUUCUUGUGUUUGAAAUGCACAGUGAUCCUGCAAUUAAUGCGAAGCGGUUUUCUUUUGUUAUGGGCUUUUUCGAUUUUGUGCUAAAAGUUUUGAUGUUUCCAGUGCUUGUCCGAUGCUAUAUGAAAUCUAAAGAAGCUGAUGCUGAGGCUUUAUUAAAUUCCUAG